UACAUAUCGCAUAUCGGGACUUUUCUCUGCUCGAAUCAAUUUCCGUUUCCUGAAAACCCUAGAAUCGAAUUUUGAGAAACCCCUUGGAGGAAAGGAAAAACCCAUAGCCAUUGGAUGAUAUUUGCCCCUCCGUCGAUCUCAAGUGUUCUUCAUUCAUGGCUACACCAUUGAUUACAGGACUUGCUGUUGCUGCGGCAGCUUACGCUGGUAGAUAUGGUAUUCAAGCUUGGCAGGCAUUCAAGACAAGGCCAGUUCGACUACGCAAGUUCUAUGAAGGUGGCUUUCAGCCUACAAUGACAAGGAGGGAGGCAGCUUUAAUUCUUGGAAUUAGGGAAAGCACUCCAACAGAAAAGGUGAACGAAGCGCACAGGAAGGUGAUGGUUGCAAAUCAUCCAGAUGCUGGUGGUAGCCAUUAUCUUGCUUCCAAGAUCAACGAGGCGAAAGACAUCCUGCUUGGGAAAACCAGAGGAAGUAAUUCUGCAUUCUAAUGGUUGAUGGCAAGUUAUUUGUUCAUUUAGCAUAGCAUGUCUCAACAAAACGCCGAGGAUCACCAUUUUUCUAGCUUACCUGGUGUGUCAAAAUUUUGACCUUAUAUAAAUUUACUUGUGUCUGAUUGAUUCAUGGGGAUCUUAUUAUACUUCAUACUGUGGAUUCAUUGACAACAAUGAGAAAGCCUAUAAAUUCUGUGAACUUUUCUGUGAUCACUUGCUAUUUAGCAAUAAUGAAUUAUGGAUACGUUCCCUUGAAA